CCCUCACAUAAACAUCACGCCUAUACUUACCAAAUUGCAAAACCUUCAUUACUUCUUAACAACCAAUUCUUCGCCAACAUGUCCAAUAUGUCACUGGCCCGAAGAUACAACGUCGCCUUCAAGGAUCACACCGGCAAGCCAGCUUUAAUGUCGUGGCGUAAAUCGGUCAACGAGACUCGCCUACCUUUCCUACCCUCUUGGGUUUUCUACAUGGUCAAUCCAGAUUUCUCAUAUGAAGGCUUUGACGGCUGUGCGUUCAGUUUCGGCCUUGAAAGGGGUCGUAUUCGUUAUACGGGUGGCAGCUUCAGAUACGAGUUCUUCUUCUUACCUGGUGCUACCGCCGAAGAAUGCGUCGCGCACUACCGUGGCGAGAUGGAUGCUCGAGGUACUAUCUGGCGUCAGAUCCGUAAGGUGAAGAUUGCCAUGAAGACAAAAAAGCAGAAUGAGGGCGAGGAAGGAGCGGAUGAUUCAACCGAUGCUUCAAUUGAAGGGUCAUCAUCUGGUGAUGAACCCCAAGAUGGCGACGCAGGCGAACGACUUCCCGGUUUAAUCUGGCAGAAAGAUGAUGAAGACUUCUCUAGCAUUAACUACCGCAGCUGGCUUUUCAUGUAUCCGGAUGCAGACGUUCAGUGGGGUGCUGAUUCUGAUGAUCGUCAGGUCGACCUCGUUCAGUUUGACCCUAUCCCCGUUGAAGUAGAGGAGGACGAAAUCCUCAAAUGGGAUCCUAUGGAACACCCAGUCCAUACGGAACGGAUGAGCGCUAGGGGCAGGGCUAUAGGAUGGGACAUUGAAGAGGGGCUUGUGAGUUGGAUGGAUGACAGGAAAAAUGCGAAGUGGGAGGUAGCAGCCAAUGAAGCCAUGUGCGACGCUAAAGAUCUAGGUUGGGAGUCUUGGUGAUGUGAAAGGGAUUGAAUGGGUUAUUCUGUAAAGGAUGAUGAAUAGCGAGGAAUAAAGUACCACAUAUUAACGGAAACAAUAGCUUAUCUUUGAGUAGGGGGACUUCAAAGAAAAUAACUAAAUUGUCUUCUUACAUUGUCACAUUUUGGGAUCAUCACAAUACACCUG